UCCCUGCACACAGUCAAGGAGGCCAAAGACGCUGAAUGGAAUCUUCCGGACAAGCUGCUGGGUAUCCAAACCAGGACGGUCAAUUGUGUGAUGCGGAACGGCCUCAACGAUUCCGAGGAGAGGGUCCCCGAUGCGUACUGCCAACGAAUCAGCGGUAACGCUCCUGAUAGGAGCCAGUCUUGUCCGAAUCCUAUCUGUUAUCGCUGGGGGACUGUCAGAUUCCAAAGGUGCUCCGCGGACUGUGGACCCGGAAUGCAGGUCGGGGAGUUGUCGUGUGAACGUGUUCGGCUCUUGGCCUCGGAAACCCCAUCUGACGACGGAUUCAAUGUUGGGGUUACCGAAGUCUCGGUGGACGAUUGCCGUCGUCACAUUGCCUCUAACAUCUCUCUCGUGAUUCUGCCUGAAUUUACGCCCACCGUUUUUUCCUUGGAAAAUCACAGUAUUCCUCGCCUUCCUCAACUUCCCACAGGGGCUCGGAUUGUGCCGUACAGACCGGGAGAGCUCAUCAGGUUGCCCUGUCUGUUAAAACCCUGCCCCUCCCUAAAGCCCACUUGGAGAACCGGUUCAUGGAGCAAGUGUUCAGCAGACUGCGGAAUCGGUUAUCAACAGCGCAAUGUGAGCUGUGUUCUCGCCGAGGAAAAUUCCGAUGACUCAUCGCGGCGCAGACCGGACAAUUCUCCACCCAGAAUCUUGCCGGAUGAAAUCUGUUUAGGUCGCUCACUCAUCCGUCCUUCUCGCUGGCUGGUCUGCAAAGGUCCUCCGUGUGUAUUUUGGGAGAUCGGAGAGUGGGGCGAGUGCGAAGGAACCUGCGAGGUCGGUCGUCAGAAGCGACGGGUGCGAUGUUUGCAGACAUCUACCCAACAGCCAACAACAUCUGCAGCUACCUCUCCAGCAAAUAGCUCCUUCGAAGCGGAUAAUAGGACGGAUACACGGGAGGUGGAACCCUCAAUGUGUGAAGACCAGCAAAAGCCAGAUGAAGAACGUCCCUGCCCUCUGAUGAACGACUGUCCAUUCUGGUACAAAGGCCUCUGGUCUGCGGUAGGUUAA